GCAGCAGAGAAUGGUAACACCGAUAUCAUCGAUUCACUCUUGAAGGCGGGUUCAAAAUUGGAUGAUCAGGACUCCGAAGGCUUCAGUGCUUUGCAUGCUGCGGCUGCCUGUCGCACGUCAGACGGACUCAAGGCACUUCUCCAUAAACACGGUGCGGACAUGAAUGCACGGCUCUUGAACGGCAGUCUCCCAAUCCAUUCGGCUGCAUCAAGGGGCACCCCGGAGAAUCUUGGAGUAUUGCUCGAUGCUGGCGCGGACAUCAACGCCACAGACGACAAGGGUCGCACAGCUCUGCAUUGGGCAGCGGACAGUGGCAACUGGGAGACGAUCGAAGCUCUCCUCAACCGGGGAGCCCUGGCAAAUGUUAAGUCUCAAGACGAGGGGGUCAACACCCCGGUGGACAUGGCUUGUUUGGCAAGGGAUGAAGCUAUUUCGGAUUGUAGGACCUUCUCGGAGGACUGGGAUGAUGAAAAAAUAGAGGGGCUGUUGCAGAGACUGAAAGAAGCGUCGGAAUGAGUGAGAAGUUGAGUGUCCGGUGAGAUGGUGAUAGCUCAACGAGCACUAAAUCUCCCUUUCGAGCUACCUAGAAAAGCAAAGCAAAUCAAAUGUAUUGUUC